UGAUGGUUCCAAAUAUCAUACACCUUCAGUCAUCCACGGAUUCAGGGCAAGAUAAGUAGGGCAUGAGAAGCUCUCCAUCUCAGGAGUUCAUCCAGACUCAGUCCUGUCAUUCUCUGCUGCUGCCAUGGAGUCUCCUCUCCUUUUUUCGAUGAAGACCUCAAUCUGGACCGUUUUUCUUCUCUAUUCGGUCGUAGUGUGUUGCGCUAGACCAUAUGAAAAUAGUCUCAGUUCGGAAAAGCCUGAUCUGGAAACAUCGGAAGCGUCAGAUAUUGUCCUUUGGCGUUCACAAGAGAGUUCUCUUAAAUCUUUCAUAGCAUCUGAUGGCAGCAAUGCAGCGGACUGCCAGAGUGGUUAUGGUUUUCUUCCCUGCUCAAACAUUCGGUCCGGAAGUGCCUUUUUAUUGCUGGUCUACGGAUUCAUUAUGUUCAUGGCUGUUGAAUUCCUAACGAAAGGAAGCCAGCUAUUGUUGACCGUAUUGGAUCCUGGCUUUGUCGCGGGCAUUGUUGUUCCUAUUCUCAAGACACUGCCAGCUACUUUCCUUAUCUUCGUUGCAUUCUUGGCUGAAAAUGAAGAGGAUGCACAUAGUAAAGCACUCGUGGGCAUGGGUGUGCUGGCUGGAACAAGUAUCGCUCUGCUCGGCAUUGUGUGGGGAAGUUCCAUAAUUGUUGGCCGCUGUGACUUUGACUCCGAUGGUGUAGCAAGGGACAAAACACUCACCCAAAUCUGUGCUCUAAGAGAAUCUGGAGUUACAACUGAGUCACGUACAAGACAGGCUGCAUGGAUCAUGCUAUUCACUGUAUUACCGUACUUGGUCAUACAGUUCCCUGUCAUGCUGGGCAGGUCAGACAAAUCAAUUCAUAUUUCCGUGCUCGUAGCCGGCGUCUUGGCUCUGGUCACACUAGCAGGCUACUGCAUCUAUCAGAUGCUCUGUCCGUGGAUUCAAGCACGAUUGAUCUACAAAGCCCAACAGGCGUUUCAUCGGUCCCAUCAUUUCGCUGAAGUGCCUUCUCCAAGUGAGGUCUCGUGGGUCUUGGCAGAUGGAACUCCUGACAGGAUUGUACUGGAAAAAUUGUUCAAAAAGCUAGAUUCGGAUGGGACCGACUAUAUCUCUAUGAGCGAGUUGCGAGGAUUGAUCCUGGCGAUGGGACUCGAUAGCGAAGAUGAAAUUCCUGCGAAACAGGUGGUCAUAGACGCAAUUAAAACAUUCGACGUCGAGAAGACUGGUAAAGUUUCUCGAGAAGAUUUUGUGAAGGGUAUGGAUCACCUGAUCCGAAGCCUCAAAGGAGACAUCAGAAGGUCACACACAUCUGCCGAAAUCCCUGCUGCUCCGUACCAAGAGCCAACUAUCGGAGAGCUCAUUACAGGAACUAAGGAACUUGAAUUGUCAAUUGCAGCACUGCUCGCGGAAGUCCGAGAAGACGAAAUACGGGAGAUGCAGGCCACCAUAACGCCGGAGAUGGCCAUCGUCUACGCCGUGCUUUGCAUUAUUGCUGGUGUAGCAGUGGCAGGAUUCGCGGCAAUUCCUACUGUUGGAGUUAUAGGAGAUUUCUCGAAAGCUUUCGGAGCUGAUCCCUUUAUCGUGUCCUUCGUGGCAGCUCCUCUGAUCUUAAAUCUCAGUGAAGGAAUCAAAACCAUCUCUUCUGCUGGCAAAAGAGGAAAGCUACACAUAACCACGGUCUUCGCCGAGACCUUCGGACGGCUGACGAUGAACAACACGCUGUCACUGGCAAUCUUCUUAGCCGUAGUUUACUUCAAGGGUCUAGCGUGGGAGUAUCCUUCGGAAGUGCUGGCCAUCCUGAUUACAUACGUGAUCAUCGGUCUCAUCGCAUCUGUGCGCACCAAAUUUCCACUUUGGAUCGGCAUCCUGGCCAUCAUCCUCUAUCCUUUGAUGCUAGUGAUACUGAUCGGCUACAAGAUCAUCUGUGCGGCUCUUACUACUGGGAUCGACUUGAAGUUUACAGUCUGGGAGGGAAUCAUUGCACUGCUCGUCUACCCUACGCUGAUCUUCCUUCUGGUCGUCGCCUGCAGUGCUUGCCUACCAAGAUUUUAGAACACCACUGGACCCAUCAAACACUGCAUCUCCGAGAAAAUCAAUUCCGCCUUUUACCGACUGCUGUCCGAUAUCUCCCUUCGUCACCACAAUCAUUCCCGAGCCACCAUAUAAGGACUCCACCGUGUUCUGACUGCUUUUCCUGCCACUCCAUCAUAGGCUUGCUCGGCCUCCAUCCCUUCCCAGUCCACAGAAAUUUGAAGAGUUAGAAGCUGAUAUCUGUCGGCACAGCUUCUGACUUCGGGUGUACCUGUAAGUGGACAGAUGUUUAUAUUCUUCUACCAUAGUUCAAUUCUCUUGUCUGUCAUCUUCCUGCCAUGAAAUAGAAGUCCUCCACAGUGUGUCCGUACGAUGUACUUCAUCAUGUACAUGUGCUACUUGUGCCACUUUUGCCUUCAAAAACCAGCACUUGUUAUAUUGAGAGGUUAUGUAAACAUUCAUAAAAAAUUUGAGCCGUG